AUGUCUCUUUCUAGGCCGAUUUUACAAUAUCCAGAAGAUAAACUGACACAAGCUUUAGAUGCUAUACGAAACGGCAUGAAAAUUAGAGAAGCCAGCAGACUUUACAGUGUUCCUCGUGGUACGUUGCAAGAUAGGCUUCAUCUUCGAGUACCUGAAGGUCCUAGAAAAAUGGGUCCUGAUUCUAUUCUUUCCAAAUCUGAAGAAACAGAGAUUGCAAACUGGCUUAUUACUCUUGCAGAUUGCGGAUUUCCCCUUAAAUCUGACAAUCUUUUAAAUACUGUUCAAAAUAUAAUGAUUGAAGAUGGUAGGCCUAAUCCUUUUACUAAUGGGAGACCAGGUAAGAAAUGGUUGCAAUCUUUUUUUAGAAGAAAUCCAUUACUUUCUUUGAGGACACCUGAGGCGAUCUCAAAAGGAAGAGCAAUAAUUACAGAAGAAAGCAUUAGAAAGUGGUUUGAUAACUUAAAAAAAUAUCUCAUUUCUAUUGAAGCACUAGAUUUGCUAGAAGACCCUCAAAGAAUAUUUAAUGGAGAUGAAACUAGUUUCAUCAUUUGCCCUAAAACUGGUAAAGUGAUAGCACCACGUGGAUAUAAAAAUGUGUAUCAAAUUGUUAAGGGAAAAGAAAAAGAAGCAAUUACUGUCCUAGCAUUUUUUUCUGCAAAUGGCGAUAUUUUGCCUCCAUGUGUCGUUUUUCCUUAUAUUAGGCCACCCAAAGACGUUGUGAAUAGUAUGCCUGAUAGUUGGUUCCUUGGCAAAUCUGACACUGGUUGGAUGAAAGCAGACGUAUUUUUUGAUUAUGUAUCAAAGUGUCUCAACAAAUGGAUACAAGAAAAUAAUAUAAAAAAACCAGUACUUGUUUUUGUUGAUGGUCAUAAAAGCCACAUGACAAUGGGGCUUAGCCAGUACUGUUACGAUAAUAAUAUUAUAUUAUAUGCGCUUCCACCGAAUACAACUCAUUUGAUGCAACCAGCUGAUGUCAGUGUAUUUAAACCGCUUAAAUCUGAAUGGACGUCAACUAUACACGAGUGGUGUUCUCAGCCAGAUAAUUUAAAUUCUGUACUAACCAAAGCAACCUUUUGUCCACUACUUGAUAAAGUUUUACAAAAGUCAACACUAAUAGCGUCUAUUAAAAAUGGCUUUCGCAAAUGCGGUUUGUUUCCAUUUAAUCCAGAUGCGGUGGAUUAUUCAAAAUGUAUCCAAAACAAUUUAGAAAAUAGUAAAGCCAUUGCGCACUGUUCUAAAAAAUCUCCUUUUAAGACAUUGAAAAAGAAAGAGUUUGAUACUGCAACUAAAAUCAUAAAGCAUAUAAGCAAAGAUCUGACUGCGUGUGGUAUCAGUGUGGAAGUUGUACUACAAGUUAUAGAAAAUGCAAAACUUUACGAAGGAUUGAAUGAUUCAAUUAAAAGUAAUACUACUGAAAAUGAAAACGAAAAAGAGAAAGUAGAGAUCGAUCAGGAAAAAAUCAAUAAAAUUGAUGAAUGUAUUGUUCAAAAAGACAUAAUAGAAAGUAAAAAAAAUCAAGUAAAUGAAGUACAAGAGUUAUUGUUAGAAAAUAGGGUUAAUAAAGAAAAGAUUCACGAGAGAAAAACUACAGAGGAAAUAAUUUUAAUUAAAAGCACUGGAGUACAGGAAGAUAAUAAUAUAUAUGAGGAUGUUUUCACUAAUUCAUCACAACAGGAUAUUCAGGCUAAUAGCUAUCUCAGUGGCCUAUCUUUGCCACUAGGUGAUGUUACAUUUAUGAAUAAUCUACUGGACGACGAAUUAAAUAUAGGUACAUUUGAAAUCAAUGAAAAUUCAAUUUUAAUGCCUAUUACAGAGAAAUCCGGAAUUCAAGAUAAUAGACAAAAUGUCGAAAGAUCUCUUGGUUUCAGUGCUCUAAUUGAUUCUAUGAUUCAGAGAGAAACUCAGAGAAUAUCACCCAUCGUACGAAAACAUCUUGUUAUACCCUCGCCAAUAAAAAAAUCUUCGACACAUAGAAACAUGAAUAGGAUUGGAGCAAUAUCUUCUUCAGAAUGGAGACUAUUUGAAAAAACAAAAGAGGAGGAAAAACAAAAAAAGAAAGACGCUAUCCAAGAAAGAAAAUUGCAGAGACAGAAAAUUAAGGACGAAAAAAAACAGGAAAAGAUUAGUAAAACGAUUAAAAAAGCACGAAGUUUAAAUAAAAAUAAAACAAAAAUAUCAGCUAAGAAAGAUGACAAUUCUGAGGAGGAAUUUACUAUAAAAAGUAUAAAAAAAAGAAAAUUGACCGCUGUAAGUGACAGUGAAAAUACAGCGACAGAAAACAAAAUAGACGAAUGUGAUACAAAGAAAAAUAAAUCACCUAAAAUUAAGAUUCUAUCAGUACAAACUACCUUUCUAAAACCAAAAAAACAUAUACAAAAUUUAAAAAGAGAUAAUUGUGAAGAAAAUGAAUGUAUAGACCCGAAAAAUAUUGAUUUAAUUGUUAAUAACAGAGCUUUGCAAAAAGCAAAUAACAGAAGAAAAACAUUUAGAAAUGAAGAAGAACUUACAAACUUUUUAAACAAUAAUAAUAAC